CAAGAAUCUAAAUUCUUUGGUGCUAAUCACACUUGGCAUUACUGUAAGCUUCAACUGUAUGAAUCCUUACUAACCAUGUCCCUCCAUUUAUAAACAUAUUAGCAUAUAGAAAAUAUAAAGCUGAUCAGACACUGAAACCUCAAUGGAUUCCAAUCAAAAUCCCAAAUUUCUUUCAUCUUAUUUGUUCUUUGCUUUCCUUCUUGUGUCCUCAAAUCUCUUAACAUUUUUCAUUUCUACAUCUUUCAACUCUUGUACACUAAACAAACAAACAAAUACUCCUUCCACUGUUUUGGCUAAGCCAACACCUAAAUAUGAAGCUAUUCAAGAAUCUGAUAACACACAAACUGAUCAAAAUCUCCCAUCUGAGUUUCUCGCUUUUGCGUCUCCACAAAAACUCCCACGUGGAUUCAACAAAAACUUCGAUUCUGAUGAAAUCUUGCCUCCGAUUGGACGUCCAUGUACUCUGUUUCGAGAUUUACUUCAUCGUUACAUGUCAUAUAAUGUCAAUGGUUCUUGCCCCGAUGAUGAACUUUUAGCUCAGAAGUUGCUUCUUAAAGGUUGUGAGCCACUUCCUCGACGUAGAUGUCAUCCAGCUGCUCCACAGGAAUAUGUCGAGCCUUAUCCUGUUCCUGAGAGUCUAUGGAAAACACCAUCGGAUUUUUCUGUUGUAUGGACUCCGUAUACUUGCAAAACUUACGAUUGUCUGAUCAAUCGUGCUAAGACUCAGAGAGGAUUUGAUGAUUGCAAAGAUUGUUUUGAUCUCAAUGGCAGAGAGAGAAGUCGUUGGACAGCGAAAAAUGGUGCUGGUCUUGACUUCUCUAUCAAUGAAGUGUUAGCAGUAACGAAAGCUGGAACGAUUAGAAUUGGGCUCGAUAUUGGAGGUGGUGUGGCUACAUUUGCUGUUAGAAUGAGAGAAAGGAAUGUAACGAUUGUAACAACAUCAAUGAACCUUAACGGCCCGUUUAAUAGUUUUAUAGCUUCAAGAGGGGUCAUACCUUUGUAUGUUAGCAUCUCACAAAGACUUCCCUUUUUCGACAACACGUUAGAUAUUGUACACUCAAUGCAUGUGUUGAGUAAUUGGAUACCUGCAACACUUCUACACUUCUUAUUUUUCGAUAUUUAUAGGGUGUUAAGGCCUGGCGGGCUGUUUUGGCUCGACCAUUUCUUCUGUGUUGGUGAGCAAUUGGAGAAAGAGUAUGCACCACUUAUCGAUAGUAUUGGUUUUAAUAAGGUGAAGUGGAUCGUGGGAAGAAAGCUCGAUAGAGGUCCCGAGCUGAACGAGAUGUACCUUUCAGCAUUGUUGGAGAAGCCAUUGACGAAUUCUUGGUGACAAUAUUUAAAUGUUUCAUUUUUACUUUCUUAAUUGGCAGACAACUAUCUCUUGCAUCUGCAUCUGUUGACAAUUGCACUAAUCGGGUGAUGAAAAAUGCAGUUUUCCUUUCGACAUCAAUCAGUAGUAUUACAUUAUCCUCUUUGUCUGUUGCUAAACCUCACUAAUCUACCUAAUGUUGAAAUGAUAACUUGCACUAAUGGUAAAACGCGAAUUUUUUAUGGCCUUUACCUUGAAAUUGUACUCUUUCAUUCGGAAUAAAAAGAGG